UUACAAUAUAGCUUGCAUGCUUGAGCAUCAGGGGAUUUUGAGUUAUAUACUUCAGGAAGCAAAAAGGCUUGACACUCACAGAUAUUAUGUACAAAUAGAAGGGCAAGAGUCUAGAGAAAAAUCUCGCGAGCGAAAAACAAGCAACAUUUUUUUACCUUGUUCAAAACAAGUACUUGAACUGUCUCAAGUCUAUGUCAAUUAGCUGUCCAAUCAAACAUCGCAUCCACCAUGCAAAGCCAAUUACAUUGCAAAUGACAAAAGAGAUACCCUAAGAAUGUUAGAGGUCGAGGAAAGAAAAAUUGAAUGCCACAAAUACCAGGUUGACUCAGGCGAGUUUGAUGGAUGUUAAGAUUAUUUGUAACUCCAAAGAAUCGUCAGACUGAUUUUGCAAGCUGAAAGAAACUUCAGUCAAGAACAUUCGCUCAAAGUCUCUCGAUUUUUGGCAAGCUACAGAAGGAAUAACUGAGACAUUCAAGCCAUGAUCGCUGAAGUCAUCCUUCUCAUCGUCACCCUGGUGCUUCUUCACCAUCUCUUCCACCGUUACACCGAGCCGUCCAACCUACCCCCUGGACCACGCCCUUACCCUCUUAUUGGAAACCUCCCGCUGCUGAUUGGCUCAUUCUCCUCACUCCACGUCAAGUUCACUGAGCUCGCGAAAACAUACGGCAGCGUCUACACUCUAUACCUCAACGGUCAGAGGUCUGUCGUCGUCGGCUCUGCCAAGGCACUGCACGAGGGACUGGUAGAGAGAAAAGACGCAAUUGCAGGUCGUCCUUAUAGCUUCUCUAUGGAAUACGGGUGCAAAGGGUGCAAAAACGUAGGAUUCGCCGACUUUUCUCCUUUUCUCCUGUUUAAACGGCGCGUUGUGCAUUCAUCUCUACGUCAAUACUACCCCCAAGUUGAAGACAAAGUCAAUCAUCAGUUGGAUAAAGUACUGACGGAGAUAAAAGCGCUUGACGGAACCGCCUUUGAUCCACAUUACUUAAUAUCAUUGGUGACUCUGAAUGUGAUGAGUUCUAUCACUUUUGGAACUAAUUACACACUUGACGAUCCUGAAUUUCUUCGUUUGGUUCUAAUGAACGACACUUUUGGUCAAUGUUUCGGAGCCUUUAAUAUCCUAGAUAUGUUUCCGUUUCUAUUGCAUUUUCCAAUAAAGGCCUCAAAGAUGCUUAAAUAUCUUGCUACGGAUCGAUACGAUUACUUAAUGGAACAAGCAAGAAAACAUGAAGAUGCUUACGAUGACAAUACUAUUCGGGAUCUUACGGAUGGAUUAAUCAAGUCGCUGUCAGAGGCAGAGAAAGGUGGCAGCGAUAUCCAUAGCCUCGUCACAACCGAGGAUCUUGCCAUGAUAAUAGGAGACAUGGUUGUUGCGGGCUCAGAGACGUCUGCUACAACAAUGCGGUGGAUGCUGGCGUACCUAACAGUUUACCCAGAAGUCCAAGCGAGGCUGCACCAGCAGCUGGAUGACGUCAUUGGAAGAGACAAAAAUACAAUCAUCACACUGAAGGACCGGGGUCGAUUGCCUUAUGUAGAGGCGGUCAUAGCGGAGACAUUGCGCGUCUCACCACCAACACCUUUUUUGCUCCCGCAUAAAGCAACGCGUGACACGACACUGGACGGUUACUUCAUCCCAAAAGAUACCACCGUCAUCUUCAACAUCUGGAAAAUACAGAACGACCCUGCCGAGUGGGCGGAUCCCCACGUGUUCAACCCCGCCCGCUUCCUGGACGAGGAUGGUAAGUUUGUCAACAACAAGAACCUCUUGCCUUUUGGAGCGGGGAGGAGGGUUUGUGUUGGAGAGAAAGUGGCGACGAUGGAGCUGUUUCUUAUGACUUCGAGACUUCUACGUCAUCUGGAAUUCAAACCACUAUCCGAUGGCCCUCCGCCGAGCCUUGAGGGGACUUAUGGUGUGGUAUAUUAUCCGAUGCCGUACAAGAUACGAGCUCUCGAGAGACUCUGACAAACAAAUGUUACAUUUUUUACUGGAGCAGGGUAAAGAAACAAGGACAUAUUUCAACAAUAUAACCUACACAAUACGAAAAUGAUUGGCCGAGGUCGAUUGCAUAAUCUUGCAUGCCUUAGUUGCUCUUUAUGGCGAACAACCCUGCGCUACGCCGCAAUCUUGAAUUGGCGAGGAGUCGAUAUUUUGGUGACAAAAAAUUCGUGCGAGGGAGAGACAAAGGGAUUUGGUUUUCUACGAGAAAAAGGCUGCAAGUAAAUGCCUCAAACAGGCUUUUCAUGGAUCAGCCAAUUUUACUAGUUAAGCUUUGUAUUAUACGCUAUCAA